AUGUUUGGUACUAUGAAUGUGGAAACAGAAAUUAAUGGUCCUCUUGGAGCUGCACUCACCCCGCUAUCAACAGUAGGGUUGCUGGCCAGUAUGCUCAUCAAUCCACAAGCUUCUUUAUCAGCCAGAUUCCGACUAACAUUCGGCGGUCUUUAUGGCAUGGCAGCCCAUGAGUCUCAUAGGUCGUUCCACCUCUUCUCAUCAUUCAUAUUCCAGAAGAUUUAUCACUCUGCGAGCAAGAUGCUAGACAUCAAAGACGACGACCUCGCUGAUAAACGCGUCGAAAUGAAAACACCCAUUCCACCUUCAAAUGAUGAAGCCCCAGCAGCCAGCAUUUCCACCCCCAAACCACCCUCCAUCCUACAGCCGCCGCAAUCCCCACCCAGCAAACUCCAUCUCCUGGACAUCCAACAACAACAGAACCUCGCCCGCGAGGCCGUAUCCCAAGCAGCGAUGGAGCGCGAGAGCAACCCAAAAUCUAACACCAUCACAACCACCACAGACCUCCACAGCAAAGUCACAAUCCAAACGCACCACAUCCACCGCCCCAUCCAGCUGUCCUCCCAAUCCACCACCACCAGCCCGCACAGCCACCCAACGGCCCUCCCCCUAACCGCCCGGGUCUACGCCCCCAAACCCCAAGGCUACACCCCGCUCCACCUGCCCGUCUACCUCUACUUCCACGGCGGGGGCUUCUUCACCGGCACGCUGGACAGCGAAGACGCGACCUGUGCGCGGCUCGUGGCAUCCCUCUACGCCAAGUGCCGCCCCAUCAUCGUAGUCAGCGCGGACUACCGCAAGACGACGCAUGUGAGUUUCCCGGACCCCUUCGAGGACGCGUGGGAGGUGUUCAGCUGGCUGGAGCGGCGCAUCGCAUGGCUGAACGGGGACCCCACGCGGGUGGUUGUGGGCGGGGAGGACGCCGGGGCGGCGCUGGCGGCGUGGGUGGCCUGGUUUGCGCGCAGCAAUGUCGCCGGCCGGCGGGAGGUGGAGACCAGGUCCGAGAGGGUGAUCAAGGUGCAGGGGCUGGUGGUCUGUAACCCCUGGAUGCCGCUUUUGGACCGGUGGGAGGAGGUCGGGGAGGCGUUUGGGGUGGGGAGUAGGGUUAUGGAGCGGGAUCCCGGGGAGGGGGGCGGGAAGGGGAAGGGGAAGGAACGGGCAAGAGAAACUGAAGUAACGGAGGUGGGGAGGGGGAAUGCAGCUGGAUAUGAUUUCUAUCACGCGUUGCUGAAUGUCUACCGUGUUGAGCCGGGUCACCAUGGGAUGGGCAUGUGGACGGCGCUUGAGGCGAUGCCGGACACGUAUCUGUUGACCUUUGCGGAGAGUCUGUUGCGGCGGAGGCAGUUGUUGUUCGCGACGCUGUUGAUGCGCGAGGGGGUUAAUGUGGAAAUGAAAGUCCUGCCUGGCUCGCCGCACGAGACCCAGGAUCUGGAAAUCCUCCCGAGCUCCCACCCCUGGGGCUCCGAGUUGGUCGAGGCGCUCGAGUGGUGCUUGCGGUCCUCCCACGGACAGAUGCGGCCUCCCAGGUCGGUGUAUACCGCCGGUGUGGUAAUCGUCUCUCUUCUCCUUGCGGCUCUCUAUCUGUAUCUGACUGAUAUAGUGAACACGCAUCUCUCCGAUAUUCGGCCUUAG